CCUCCCUCUCCCCCUUCUCUCUCUCAGAACCACACCCACCCCCCCUCCAAAGGUGAUCGAGGCAGAGAUUCGAUACCCCCCGUCCUAUCACCAUGGCCGAUUCCAACCCUGUCCAGGAGGCCGAGGUCUCCAUGGCCAACCUCCUGCUCGACGAGGUCACCGGAGAGAAGGUGUCCAAGUCCGAAUUGAAGAGACGCCAGAAGCAGCGUGAGAAGGAGGCCAAGAAGAAGGAGAAGGAGGCCGCCGCUCCCCCCAAGGCCGAGAAGAAGACCUCCGCCGAGGACGAGGAGGCCAACCUCACCCCCAACCAAUACUUCGAGAUCCGCAGCAAGAGAAUCAACAAGCUGCGCGAGACCAAGCAGCCCGACCCCUACCCCCACAAGUUCCAGGUCACCGAUGACCUGCGCAAGUUCCUCAAGGAUUACGAGGGCCUCGAGAAGGGCGAGCAGAAGACCGACGUCCCCGUCCGCAUCGCUGGUAGAAUCUACACCAAGCGUGCGUCCGGUGCCAAGUUGAUCUUCUACGAUCUCCGUGCCGAGGGUGUCAAGGUCCAGGUCGUGUGCCAGGCCCAGCACUCCACCGGUGACGUUGCCUUCGAGGCCCAGCACGAGCACCUCCGCCGUGGUGACAUCGUCGGUAUCGUCGGUUUCCCCGGCCGUACCAGCCCCAAGAACCGUGCCGACGGUGAGCUCUCCAUCUUCGCCUCCGAGGUCAUCCUGCUCUCCCCCUGCCUGCACGCCAUCCCCUCCGAGCACUUCGGUCUGCAGGACAAGGAGCAGCGCUUCCGCCAGCGCUACCUGGACCUGAUCAUGAACGACCGCUCCCGCAACGUCUUCGUCGCUCGCUCCAAGAUCGUCCAAUACAUCCGCAACUACUUCGACAGCCGCGACUUCGUCGAGGUCGAGACCCCCAUGAUGAACGCCAUCGCCGGUGGUGCCACCGCCAAGCCCUUCGUCACCCACCACAACGACCUCGACAUGAACCUGUUCAUGCGUGUCGCCCCCGAGCUGUACCUCAAGAUGCUGAUCGUCGGAGGUCUGGAGCGUGUGUACGAGCUGGGCCGCCAGUUCCGUAACGAGGGCAUUGACCUCACCCACAACCCCGAAUUCACCACCUGCGAGAUGUACUGGGCCUACGCCGACGUCUACGACGUCAUGAACAUGACCGAGGAGCUCGUCUCCGGCCUGGUCAAGAAGAUCACCGGUGGCUACGAGACCACCUUCCACACCCAGAGCGGCGAGGUUUACAACGUCAACUGGAAGGCUCCCUGGCGCCGCCUGCACACCGCCGAGACCGGCGAGUUCCUCAAGCGCGUCCUGAAGAAGACCGGCGUCGAGUGCUCUCCCCCCAUGACCAACGCCCGCAUGCUCGACAAGCUGGUCGGCGAGUUCAUCGAGGAGACCUGCGUCAACCCCACCUUCAUCACCGGCCACCCCCAGAUGAUGUCCCCUCUCGCCAAGUACCACCGCCAGAACGUCGGUCUGUGCGAGCGUUUCGAGGCCUUCGUCUGCAAGAAGGAGAUCGUCAACGCCUACACCGAGUUGAACGACCCCUUCGACCAGCGUCUGCGCUUCGAGGAGCAGGCCAACCAGAAGGACCAGGGUGACGACGAGGCCCAGCUCAUCGACGAGAACUUCUGCACCAGUCUCGAGUACGGCCUGCCGCCCACCGGUGGCUGGGGUAUGGGUAUCGACCGUCUGGUCAUGUUCCUGACCGACAACUACAGCAUCAAGGAGGUUCUGGCCUUCCCCUUCAUGAAGGAGGACAAGACCGCCCAGGACACCAAGAACGCCGCCGAGGUCGUUGGCAUUGAGCCCAAGCCUGAGGAGGGAAUUCCCCACAAAUAAACGCGAAUCGAUUUGGGAUUGGAUUUGGGAUUUAGGUUGUUAGUUGCCGAUGACGAUGACUAGUUGCAUGGCUUUUUUUUUUUGGGAUGUCAAUGAAGAUAUGCAUAAAAUGAUCAAUAGAUGAUGCUGAUAGCAGU